UACGGCCUUGAUACAUACAGCAGGCGUCAGGGUCGAGAUCGAACCUACGCCCUCUUGUAUGCCAUGCGAAGGCGGUAUUAGCCCAUAGCCACCGCUGCGCCCCCCAUGGUACAGUACACAAUCGGUGCCACCCACAAAUACAAAGACCCCCCGUGUAGCCUUCAAAAGAUUGCCGGGGGCAAGUGCUGUUAGCGACCACUUAUUGAGGCCGGCACGGCACACAAGAUUGGGCGUAGUUGCCCAACACCGCGCACCGGCCGCCUUUGUCUCCCCCGGCGCCACGUCGCUACGUGUGCAGGCAUUUCUCCCUGGGCCAUGCUGCCAUCCCUGGGGCCCCGUUUGCUGGCGACACGUGGACUGAGUGGCCUGCGGCUGGGACCCCGUUGGUCACCGGUGGCCCAGGGCCUUCGCAGGCCCAGCGGGACGCACGGCGGCACGGGGAGGCCGCAGGGAGAGGCGGCCGUGCGGGACUUCAUCGAGGCCAACACAGAGGCGAGCCGCGAGCACCUGACCCCCGAGCUGAUGCUGCGGCUGCUCACGCCGCGCUGCCCGCUCUGGACCGCGCGGCCCGAGAUGUGGCCCUUUCCCGCCGACCCCUACUGGGCCAUCUACUGGCCCGGCGGCCAGGUGCUGGCCAGGUUCCUCCUGGACCAGCCGGGCGUGGUGGCUGGCCGGGCUGUGCUGGACCUGGGCAGCGGCUGCGGGGCUGCGGCGAUCGCGGCCGCCAAGGCGGGUGCCUCGCUCGUGGUGGCAAAUGACAUCGACCCCGUGGCAGCCGUCGCCAUCUCGCUGAACGCGGAGCUGAACGGCGUGCGCGCGGACUCCCUGCGCGUGGUCGUGCGCGACCUCCUCUCCCCGCACCGCGCACCGUCUCCCCCGUGGGACGUCCUCCUCCUGGGCGACAUGUUCUAUGACGGCACCACCGUCAGCUCGCUCCUGCGCUGGCUCGAGACCUCGCUGGCGCGGCGGGGGCAGGAGAUGGAGCCCUCGGCUCCGACGGUGCUCGUGGGAGACCCCGGGCGGCCGGUGUUUUUGGAGCGAUGCGAGGCGUGGCUCGGAGCGCGGGCGACGGCGGGGACGGCGCCGGCUCUCCGCGAGCUGGCGCGCUACGAGCUGCCCGAGAGCGCCCGCAGAGACAACAGCGGGCUCAGCGACGGCGCCGUGUGGACGCUGCGCCUCUGACAGUUGGCACCAUGGCCGGUCUUUUUCGAGUCGGCUUUUUUUCCCGCGAGGCUCAACGGGGACUACGUGCUGGGCUGGCCGGCUCCUCCACGCAAGAUCGCCCUCGCGUGAUCAACGGCUGCCGAGAAAAACGCGAAUCUGCAGGGCCGAUAUGCAAGCGGACGACACGUUAUUCCCUCCAUGUCACUGAACACCGUCAAGGAGAAGUGAUUAAUUUUAAAGAAGCAUUCACUGCACGGCGUGCCAGCAUCGUGGCUGCCCACCGUGCUAUUGAUAAGGAGAACGCGAUAUAUGUUUCGUCAAGAGCGCCCCUCUUAGCUCUUGAGACAACCCAGUGGCAGUGUUCAUGCUUGCCUGUGCUGUAAGGAAGAAAAAUAAUCGAUUUGUCGAUUCCGUGUUUUUUUUCGAUGUUUUUAUUGAUAAACUAUUUACAGGAAAAAGCGACGUCAACAAUUCCAAAAGUGAUGUUUCGUAUUCAUAUUCUUAGCUCUUUCGGUAAAUUCACGUUGAAGGGAAACAAUAAAAUAAUAAAAUAUAUAUAAAACAAUACAAAUUCUCACGACGUUUCGACCAUAACACAAACGGUCAUCAUCAGGUGUUUCUUAUCGCACAAAAUAACGAAGAAUCAAUAACAAAAUCACAAGAAAUGUAAUAAUCAUGGGGCAGAAGGGCUGCUGUUGCAGGGUCCGCUGUCAACACAAACUUGCAUUACUCUGCAGGAUAUAUUUGUGAAAGAGAACGCUUAAACAACAUUUAAGGCUCUUGUUCCAGGUUCAACACUCCUCCCACAGCUCUAUACUCCAACUAUUUUCCAGAAUGUGAACUUUAAACAACGUAUAUUCACCUAUCAACGGCGUCUCAAGAGGGAUCUGGUAUACAUGUACGUAUAUGCUUUGUC